AUGAACCACUCGAGUCCUUACUCAAAAACUCAAAAUAAAAAAAGGAGAUCGACUGGUUUUAGCUCUUUUUAUAAUUUAAUUUCAUCUCCCUUCAAAUCGAGUUAUAGAGAUGGCACUGGUGAUGGUGAUGGUGAUGGUGAUGGCUCCGGCGAUGCUCACGGCUCCGGAGACAAUCACGGAGAUGGCCUUAAAGAUGCCCACAUUGACUCACCAAUGGAUAUCGAGGAACUAGGCGCUCAUCCCACUGAAGAUCUCAUCGACUGGAGACAGCCAGAUGAUUCACAGCAAACCAACAACCUGCUAUCCAACUUUUUUAAAGACAAGGGGAACCGCUCACUCACCUCUGAGGAAGCCGUUCAAUGUUUCAAAUUGAUCGGCAGCUCAAUCCAACAACCUCCACUCGACCAAUCACAGAACAUCCCCUCCGUCGCCCUAUUCUCUCCAGGCACUUCCACUACCCCCACACGCAAACCACAAACUAGCUCUGUUAACGCUUUCUUAUCCCCUGCCCGUUCUAACCUCUCCCAGAGAAGCAGCGUAAGUUCGAGAAACUCCAGACAAAGCCUCGGUGGUUCUUUAUCUGCAAGGAAGAGACCUAUCUACAUGGGCGCUGGUUUCGGCAGCCCAUCCCAAUCAAAUAGAAGAAACAGCUCAAGCUCGUUGGAAAAUGUAGGCAGAUCCAUCGGCGUUGGUUCAUCACUCCCCAUCGACACGGGCAAGAGGCGCAGAACUGAUGAUUCAAACGCAGACUCAAAACAACAACAGCAGCAGCAGCAGGUAGAAAACAAAAAACACCAGCAAUCACAACCAAAACUCACUUCCACUCCUUCAAAAUCGUCCCAUUUGAGUGUUCCACGGUUUUCUAAACCCGCUACCGUCGUUCGACCCUCUCCACUCCGUCAAGUACAAACGGCUGAAUCUCAAUCAUCUCAAUCACCCUCACCUGAGAAAAGCAAGCAGAGAGAGGAUCACAACACACCUUCAAAGCUCAGUAGUAGAGCUGCUGAUGCUGUUUUGGGUGUUUUGGGUGAUGAACCUGUUUCUAACAAACCAUCAAAUGAGACCAUCAACCCAUACCAAAAUAACAACCCUGUCGCUCGUAUUUCUAAGUCUCGUACACCUCGACCAUCUAAGCUGCGUGAUUCUAAUUCUAGGAAGAGUGUUGCUCCCGAGAAGAAGACUGAUGGAGAGAAAUCAGAAGAAAACAAAGGUGCAAACGUAAGCGCACUCGAUCUGAUCGAACAGACAGAUCCAUCCAAAAACAAGAGAAAAGCUGACGAGAACGAGUUGCAGAAAGGUUCAGCGACAUCUAACGACCUGAGCAAACCCUCCUUUGAUAAAGCUGAAGGUCGUUCGCAGCCUGAAACGGGAGCAUUCGGUCCACUCGCAGCUAAAGCCGAACCAUCACCGAAGAAGCAGGCUUUAGAGAUGCAGUCAACCGAUCGCGCUUUCGGACAGACACAGCCACAAAAUAGCUCACUCGCUCAAUCACAUUCCUCUCAGCCGAAGCCUACUUUCGCCUCGUCUGUGCAACCAACUCCACCCUCGCCUAAGCCACCUGCAAAAACCACUGAAACCAUAGACAUCGACAGUGACAGUGAUGUAGAUGUAGAUGGUGAGAAAGAAGAGGAUGUCGAACAGGAGAAGGAAGAAGAGAGUGACGAAAUGGAACACGACGAACUGGAACAAGACGAAGAGGAGAUGGAUGAAGUGGAAGAAGCAAAAGAUGAAGAGCCAGCCAAGGCAUCGGACGAUGAUAAGGAACUUGAAGAGGAUCAAGUGAAGAAGGGUAAAGCACAACCUCAACCAUCGCAAUUCCCAUCUUUCCCCUCAUUCUCAACUGCAGCUAAGGAAGCGCAAGUGAACAAGGUUGAAGGUGAAGCGAAAGACAACAAGAGCUCCACAUUUGUCAACAUUUUCCCAGCUUCGACACCAACACCAGAAUCAUCAACCACAGCCACAACCGCAACUACACCACCUCCACAAGACGCCAAGGACAAAGCACAAUCUAAAGCAGUAUCGGAGAUACCUUCAUUUACUUUCAACUCGCUGCUUAAUAUCCCAGUGAGCAAGAUAGCACCCGGGCUGAAGGAGAAGGUGGAAGCAGUACCAUCCAUCUCCUUUGCCAUAAGGGUAGACGAGCAGCCGUCAACAGUAUCAGCCACACCAGCCACACUCAACCCCCUCUGGGCAGCGGCUAAGCAAGGCGGGAAUGAGAGGAGCUGCAGUAUAUGCAUGUGCAAAUCGCCAAGCAGCGCUGGAAAUAAUAUGGAAAUUGGUGCGGAUGGGAAGCCAUGCAAGGUGUGCAAUUCGUUUAAAAGUUGGUCCAAGCAGCAGAGAAAAGGGGGAAGUGGGAGUAGUGGGAGUAGUGGGAGUGGGAGCAACAUCACCAACACCAACAACACCAACAACACCAACAACACCAACAACACCAACAACACCACCAACAACACGCAAACCCAAAGCAAUAUCCAAAAACUAGCCCAACCAACACUAGCAGACAAAUUCGGGUGUCCAGUCGACGCAGACCAACUCGGUCGGCAGACAUGGACAUUCCUACAUACAGCGGCAUCAUACUACCCCCACACAGCCAGUAUAAGUGAGCAAACUCAGAUGAAGAAUCUAAUUAGCUCAGUUGGCUCUUUCUACCCAUGCGGUGAUUGCGCUAGCCAUCUACGCAGUUACGUCAAACAACAGCCGCCACAGGUUCAUACACGCUCUGCGCUUGAAUUGUGGAUGUGCCAGAUGCACAACGACGUCAAUGCCCGUCUCGGUAAGGAUAUUUUCGAUUGCGAUAAGGUGCCGCAACGGUGGAGAGACGGCUGGUUGGAUGAAUCUUGCGAUUAA